GGCAUCCCGGAGCGCCGCCUUACCUCGGAUCGUGGCUGGGAGGAGGAGAUCCCCGGGCGCACGGAACUCGCCUCCCAGCGGCGAGUCGGGCUAUGGUGAGGCUCUCCAGGGCCUGGCCGAGGCGCGGCGGGCCCGGCCGCACGGGGGCGCCGGAGCACGGCCGCGAGGCCUUCCCUCCGCCCGCCGCCGCCGCCGCCGCCGCCAGCGCCGGAAGCGCUCUCCUGACCCUGCGCGCCGGCCGCGGGAAGAUGGCGCUGGAAGCUGGCGACAUGGAAGAGGGGCAGCUCUCCGACUCGGAUUCCGACAUGACGGUGGUCCCCAGCGACAGGCCGAUGCAGAUGGCGAAAGUACUAGGGGGCAAUGUUGCAUGCCCAAUGGUGUCAAACUACCGGACAGUUAAGAAUGUGGAUUCGAGUGAGGAGAGCGUGGAUUCAGAUGAAGAGUGCUCUCCUUGGAAACACAAGCGACAAAAAUGUUUCAAUCCUCCUCCCAAGCCAGAGCCUUUCCCGUUUGGCCAGAGCAGUCAGAAAACCGCUCUCAGUGGAGGAAAGAAGGUGAACAACAUUUGGGGUGCUGUGCUGCAGGAGCAAAAUCAAGAUGCAGUGGCCAUUGAACUCGGUAUCUUGGGGAUGGAAGGCACCAUUGACAAAAGCAGGCAGUCUGAGACCUAUAAUUAUUUGCUUGCUAAGAAACUGAAGCGGGAAUCUCAAGAGUAUACAAAAGAAUUAGACAAGGACCUAGAUGAAUAUAUGCGUGGGGACAAAAAACCUGGGUCAAAGGAAGAAGAGAACGGACAGGGUCACCUCAAACGGAAGCGGCCCGUCAAAGACAGACUGGGUCACAGACUAGAAAUGAACUACAAAGGCCGCUAUGAGAUCACAGAAGACGACGCUCAGGAGAAAGUGGCUGAUGAAAUUGCUUUCAGGUUACAGGAACCGAAGAAAGACCUGAUAGCCCGAGUAGUGAGGAUAAUUGGCACCAAAAAGGCCAUCGAACUUUUGAUGGAAACUGCGGAAGUUGAACAGAAUGGUGGUCUUUUCAUAAUGAAUGGUAGUCGAAGAAGAACACCCGGUGGGGUUUUUCUGAAUCUCCUGAAGAACACUCCUAGCAUCAGUGAAGAGCAAAUUAAGGACAUUUUCUACAUUGAAAAUCAAAAGGAAUAUGAAAAUAAAAAGGCUGCUAGAAAAAGAAGAACACAGCUGUUGGGGAAAAAAAUGAAACAAGCUAUUAAAAGUUUAAAUUUUCAAGAGGAUGAUGAUACAUCACGAGAAACUUUUGCAAGUGACACUAAUGAAGCCCUGGCCUCCCUUGAUGAAGCCCAGGAAGGAGCUGGUGAAACCAAGCUGGAUGCUGAGGAAGCCAUCGAGGUGGACCACACUCAGGAUCUGGACAUCUUUUAGGCACAUUUUGGGCAUUUUGAAGAAUAAACCUUUGUAAAAAACAUAGUUUCCAUUUCUACUGAGGUUGCUGUACUAUGCACUGAAUCUGGAGAAAGGAGAGCUGUUUCUGUUGCUGCUUGAAGUAAAGGUGUAUGUGGGCCGUCGAACGCCACGAUGGCAGAGUUGAAGGAUGGAUGACAGUGUCUGACAGGCGUACAGCACGGCUUUCACUUCUCACCCUGCCGCAUGUACUGACUGGUAACGCCUCGUUCCACCUGCAGUCCCUGUCCAGCUCACUGUUUGAAGCCUUUAAGAAGCUUUUUUUUCUGAUUUAUCUUUGCUGAACUAUGCUUUGGUUUCAACACAUUCCAUUAAAAUAUGCUAUAAUAUGCAUAAAUUGUUCUGCUCUGACAUCCAAUUGUUCCUGCAGGGUGGGCAGGGUCUUGGUAUAGACCGACGUCUUAUCCUUCUGCCUCAGCCUAAGCAGUGCUGAGAUUAUGGGUUUAUGGCACCAUGCUCUACUACUUUUUGGCAAUUUUUAAUAAGAGCUGUGUAUUACUAUGUGCAUGAGAGAGAAGAGUGAGGGGCCGUGCAUGUGGCCCCAGCAUACAUGUGGCCCCAGCAUGCAUGUGGUGGUCAAAGGGCAAUUCUGUGGAGUCCGGUGUCUCUUCCCCUUUAAGUGGGUUCUGGGUUGGAAGGCCUACACCUCAAACAGCUUUAUCUGCUGAGCCAUCUCACUAGCCCCUUCUGAGCACUCUUAAAGACAGAAACUUAAGUCUGUACAGAAGCUGCUUACCAUUUAUUUGCUGAAAGCA